GCGCCGCGACCUGCGCCUGCGCAGCCUACUCCGAGUAACAUCAGUUGCUUUCAGACCACCGUGAAGGGUUGACGUGUUUUGUGUCCCAUUUUUAAAAUUCGAAUUUUUCAAUUACGCGAUCGUGUGUGUAAAUAAUUUUUCAAGUUGAUUGUGUUCCCCGAUCGAAGAGGUUCAGCAAAUCCGAGUGGUAGUCAAUAAAAUGCGGCCAAGCCUCUCAUGACAGUCGGAAGUAACCACGCGAGCGGACGCAACAUGGCGCUCUCUAACAACUCCAUCACGAACACUUACCACCGACUGUUCGUAGAGUUAGCUGAUCCUCGGACCAAUGAUUGGUUCCUCAUCAAGAGUCCUAUACCGGGACUGACAAUAAUAGGCCUGUACCUGUACUUCACGCUGAAAUGGGGUCCGCGGUACAUGGCUGAUAAGAAACCCUUCCAACUGCAGAAGACGUUGGUGAUCUACAACUUCAUACAAGUUAUAGCAAGUUGCUGGUUGUUUUACGAGGGCCUCGACGCUGGAUGGUUGAGGACUUACAGUUGGAAAUGUCAGCCAGUCGACUUUUCCUCGACGCCUGAAGCUAUGAGGGUAGCACGAGGCGUAUAUAUCUACUUCUUGGCGAAAAUGUCCGAACUACUAGACACUGUCUUCUUCGUGAUAAGAAAGAAGGAACGCCAGAUAACGUUCCUGCAUUUGUACCACCACACCGUUAUGCCGAUGAUAUCGUGGGGUGCAACGAAAUACUACCCCGGAGGUCAUGGAACUCUCAUAGGAGUGAUAAACUCCUUUGUGCAUAUAGUGAUGUACACUUACUACAUGUUGGCUGCCAUGGGGCCGCAAUACCAAAGGUUCUUGUUCUGGAAACGUUACAUCACUACUCUGCAAAUGCUCCAGUUCUGCAUCACCUUCCUCCACUCCUCUCAACUUCUCUUCUACGAGUGCGGCUAUCCGCGCUGGUCUGUCGUCUUCACUCUACCCAACUCAAUCUUCUUCUAUUAUCUUUUCUAUGACUUCUACUAUAAGGCUUAUGGAAGACCUGAGAAAAAAAGUAAAGACAAAAAAGCUAGUGGAAGCAUACAAAACGGUUUACAAAAUGGAUCCAUAUCAACUGGGAAGAAAAUUGACUAGAUAACUUUGUAUGUUUUAUUAUACAAUGUAAAUAUAGUUGUACAACACUAGGUACUAGCAAUGAGCAUGUAUAUAAUUUCAUUGAAUUAUGUUACUAAUAUUGUAUUUUUAUAAAUACUCGUAUAUUUUUUUUUAGAAAUAUGCAUUAUAUCCAAAAUAAUUUAACCGAUAAUUAACGCGAACAAUAUGAGGAUUCUUCUUACUUUUUUCGAACGACGCGACGCGUGACGACGUUGAAAAUAAUAUUUAUAAUUUCCUCCUUUAAUAAUUACAGAGCAAAAUCUCAGAGCAGAGAAAUAAAUACAAAAUAAUACGAAUUAAAUUACAUAAUAAUACUCUGAUCGUAAGUCGUUUGCUAUUUUGGUCAGGCGGCCAGAUUUUAGGUAUCGUUAUCUUUUUUAGUUUUCAAUGUUGGCAAAAACUUAUUAUUAUGUUUGUAUAUUGUAUAUCUGUAAAAAUCUAUAUAUACAGAAGCCCAUUUUAGUCAAAGAACAGAAAAAAAUGUUACACGUAGUAGUUCCAAAUCUGAGUAACAUCUUGCUCAUAUUUUUCCGUGACUUGGCGAUAAAAUAACUUUCUUACAAGACUAAAGGUAAAAAUUACGUUUUGUAUUAUCAAGUAACGUCUGUAAGCCUUGAGAUCUACGAGUAACCUCAUCUUGGACCAUAAUAUCACACAUUAAUUUAUGAGUAAGAGAGGUCACCGAAUUGGAAAUUUUGGAUAUUAUGCAUAUCUCUUAAAAAAUAAUCUAGUACUCUAUUAAUACUUAAAGUAAAAUAGCAGAAUUGUCGGUGUUUUUAGAAGCUAGAAAAAGUAUUUACCAUACCAAAAAGGACAUUUUGUAAAAAUUGUAAUGUUAACAAAUUAGUUUUGUUUGUUUUUGUGAAAACAACAUUUGUGAUGAUUUUGAAAUUCUCUGAGUUACCUUUUCAUCCCAAAGUAAACAAAUGCCUUUGGUAGAUUAUUAUACAAGAAUCACGCUUAGUUUGAAGUAUGAAAAGAAGGUAGAGGUCUUUAUUUUUUAUUCGUGAAAUAUGAAAAGUCCAUAUCAAAGGAAAUUUGUUUCAAACAGAUUAAAAAGACCUUUUUAAAUUUUUUAACAUAAAUGUAUAUAAAAAUAUCUUUUUUAAUCGAAAAAUAAAUAGAUUUUCUAUCACAAAAGUACGGACAAUCCAUAAAUCUAAUUAUAUAACACAAGAUUUUUAAUUGUAAACUAAAGAAAAUUAGUCGAUGUUUUUACUUUUUAACCGAAUUCAAUAAAUGUAAGACGUUCUCAAUUCAUCGUGAAUGGUUUUAUACAAAGAAUGGUCGAUCGAUGUACAAUCUUUCAAUAUCAAUUUAUGUUUUUAUAGAAUGUGAAUGAAUGACAGAUACAUACGUCAUCAUCAAUACCUACAUAUAAAUAUAAUUUGAAGUGUCUGUAUAUGAUGUCUAAAUAACUGAGUUUUUUUUAAGUGUAUUAUCGCGGGAUUUUUGUACAACUAAAUUUUACGUGGACGAAGUCGUGGGCGACCGCUAUUAGAAAUAUAAUUAAGGAUCAAACGAACUUACCUGGAAGUGAAGUUCGAUCAUAAUUAUAUGAUCAGCUCACUCGACCCGAUUUAAGUUAACAUAUUGUAGUAUACACCUAUGCUUCAGCCUAUGACACAGUUUUUUUAAAGAUAUUAGGAACGUUUUUAAAUAUCACCAUGGCAACUCGAACAUCACUCCUGCACGGCCCGAGGUCGCCAUUUUCAUUCUGUAUUUCUGUGUCCAAGCCUAGACACACUUAUACAAACAAUCGUAGAAAUAUUAGAAUUUAUAUAAUAGUCAAGUUUGGUUACCAUUAAAAUAAUAAAUAUUUUUUAAGAAUGUAAUAAAGUAAGUACUAAAUAAUGAACUACGUUUGAUAAGGAGUUCAUUUGGUUAUACAUAUUUACCUAUCAAUAUAAAUAAUAUGAAGGGCGCUUAGGAAGAAAUAAGACUAAGAAAAUUUUUGUGAUAAAUAAUUUUCCUUAGUCUUCUAUAUAAAUUAAGUUAGUUUUAAAGCUAUAGUUAUUUGGGUAGGCCAAGUAACUUGUGUAUAUAGUUAUAACAAUUUAUACAGACUUAGUUUAAAAGUAAAUAUAUUGUUUCUAUGUAUGCGAUAUUGGAAUAUUGGCCAAAUAGAUCAUCAGAUCAAAACAUUGGCAAAGUUGAUGAAUUUUACAUAGUGGUUAUAUUUGUAUAAACAAAUUAAACGAUUUUUUUUACUG